CCGCACGCCGGGCCAGCGGAGCGGAGCCGCAGCGGAGCGGGGUGCACGGCAGCGGGCGCGGCUCCUGCGCGGCGCGGCGGGGCAGGCUCGGCGGAGAGCCGGCUCCGGCCUCGGGGCGCUCUCGCCCGGCCCCGGCGGCCCCUGCCCGCCCGCACCAUGCCGCGGCGGCGCGGCUGCCUGCCGCCCCUCCUCUGCACUUUAGCCGCCCUCAGCCUGCCGCUGCUGCUGGCCGCCGAGCCCCGCGCCAAAAGUUGCUCCGAAGUGCGGAGGCUCUACGCCGCCAAGGGCUUCAGCCAGAGCGAAGCGCCCAGCCACGAGAUCAGCGGUGACCACUUGAAAGUCUGCUCACAAGGCUACACAUGCUGCUCUCAAGAAAUGGAGGAGAAGUACAGUCAGCAGAGUAAACACGACUUCAGAAACGCUGUCGUAGAGCUUAGCAAUCACUUACAAACCAUGUUUAGUUCCCGAUACAAGAAGUUUGAUGAGUUCUUCAAAGAACUUCUCGAAAAUGCUGAGAAGUCGUUGAAUGACAUGUUCGUGCGGACAUACGGCCGUUUGUACAUGCAGAACUCGGAGCUGUUUAAGGACCUCUUCGUGGAGCUGAAGCGGUACUACGUGGGUGGCAACGUCAACCUGGAGGAGAUGCUCAACGAGUUCUGGGCGCGCUUGCUGGAGCGUAUGUUCCGGCUGGUCAACCCCCAGUACCACUUCACGGACGAGUACCUCGAGUGUGUCAGCAAGUACACUGAGCAGCUGAAGCCCUUUGGGGACGUGCCGCGGAAGCUCAAGCUACAAGUGACGCGAGCGUUCGUGGCCGCCCGCACCUUUGCGCAGGGCCUUGCCGUCGCAAGGGACGUUGUGAACAAAGUGUCCGCGGUGAACCCCACGCCGCAGGGUACACGAGCGCUGCUGAAAAUGAUGUACUGCCCGUACUGCCGAGGUCUGAUAUCGGUGAAGCCCUGUUACAACUACUGCUUUAACGUCAUGAGAGGCUGCUUGGCCAACCAAGGGGACUUGGAUGCUGAGUGGAAUAUCUUUAUGGAUUCGAUGCUGCUGGUAGCAGAGAGGCUGGAGGGUCCCUUCAACAUCGAGUCAGUCAUGGACCCCAUUGAUGUGAAAAUUUCAGAUGCGAUCAUGAACAUGCAGGAGAACAGCAUGCAGGUGUCUCAGAAGGUUUUCCAGGGAUGCGGCCAGCCAAAAAUGCUUGCCCAGGGCCGGACCGCUCGCUCUGUCUCUGAAAGCGGUUUCAGCGCUCGUUUCAGACCCUACAACCCAGAGGAGCGGCCGACUACAGCCGCUGGCACGAGCUUGGACCGACUGGUUACUGAUGUGAAAGAGAAGCUGAAGCAAGCCAAAAAAUUUUGGUCAUCUCUCCCUGGCAACAUUUGCAACGAUGAAAAGAUGUCUGUAGGCACUGUCAAUGAGAAUGAGUGCUGGAACGGGAGCGCCAAGAGCAGGUACGACUUUGCGGUGACUGGAAACGGCUUAGCAAGUCAAGUGAAUAACCCGGAGGUGGAAGUUGAUAUUACCAAGCCAGACAUGGUGAUUCGCCGGCAAAUCAUGGCUCUGCGGGUGAUGACCAACAAGCUGAAGAAUGCGUACAGUGGGAACGAUGUCGACUUCAUUGACAUAAGUGAGGAGAGCAGCGGGGAGGAGAGCGGCAGCGGCUGCGAGCUCCAGCAGUGCUCCCCGGAGUUCGAGUUCAAUGCCACUGAAGUCACUGGGAACUCCAACAAGAGCGAUAAGAACCUGAACACUUCUGCCGCUACCAGGAGCAGUUUAUCACAAGCAGCCUCGCUCCUUAGCAUUUUGUUCUUGGCCAUGCAAAGACAAUGGAGAUAAUUGUGCAGCG